CAUGAAUGGAAAUUAUUAAGUUGUGUGUGUGUGUGUGCAUGUCCAACUGACGGUUGUUUACGCGCAUUUUUAGACAUUUGACUGUAUUCUUCACUGUUUUGUUUUGAUUCUGAUUGAAGAAGUAAUUUUCGAGAUAUCGCUUUUCAUUAAACUAAGGACGAAUUUGUGCUUCACUACAAUGGUUGUUGAACAACGUAACAAUUUGCCAUGGGUGGAAAAAUACAGACCGGCUACAUUGAAUGAUCUCAUAUCCCAUGAAGAAAUAAUUGCCACAAUUAACAAUUUCAUCAAACAAGAUCAAUUGCCACAUUUACUUUUCUAUGGACCACCUGGAACGGGAAAAACGAGUACCAUAUUAGCAUGUGCCAAACAGUUAUACAAAUCGUCUCAGUUGAAUUCGAUGGUUCUCGAACUGAACGCAUCCGAUGAUCGCGGUAUCGGCAUUGUUCGCGGUCAAAUCCUUAACUUCGCCUCAACUCGCACAAUAUUUAGUGGUGGGUUCAAAUUGAUUAUCCUGGAUGAGGCUGAUGCGAUGACCAACGAUGCACAAAAUGCGUUACGACGAAUUAUCGAAAAGUACACAGACAAUGUACGAUUCUGCAUCAUCUGCAACUAUCUGAGCAAAAUCAUUCCAGCUGUUCAAUCGCGAUGUACCCGUUUUCGAUUUGCUCCAUUGGUGGAAGAACAAAUUCUGCCGAGACUCAACCAUGUCAUUGAAGAGGAAAAGCUGACAGUAACCGAAGAUGGCAAAAAGGCAUUGAUAUCACUGUCGGGUGGAGAUAUGCGUCGUGUUAUAAAUGUUCUACAGAGUACGUGGAUGGCGUUUGGAAAUGUAACCGAAGAAAAUGUGUACACUUGUGUGGGACAUCCACAGAAGAACGAUAUUCAGAACAUUGUUGGAUGGUUGCUGGGACUCGAAAGUUUUCAAGAAACAUUCGACAAAAUCCAAGAAUUGAAAACGAAUAAAGGCCUAGCGCUGGAGGACAUACUGCGGGAGAUUCAUCUGUUCGUUAUGAGAAUUGAACUACCGCCUACCGUUAUGAACACAUUGAUAGUUAAAUUGGCAGACAUUGAGGUGCGCUUAGCUGCUGGAUGUUUGGAAAAACCACAAUUAGCUGCACUGAUUGGUGGUUUUCAACUGGCUCGAAACAUGGUCACAUUGUAAAUUGUCAGACUUGUAAUCUCCAACUUUUUCUACAAAAAAUACAGCUCAAUGAACCGACAAAA